GUGUCUGUUUGGUGUGCGUUUAAAUUUGUCAGAUUUAAACUUAGCUAAAUGUGAUUUGCUACUAAUAUAAUAAAGUUAGUCAAAAAAAAUCUAUGGUACGACGUUGAGUCAAAUGGUUAGUAAAAUAUGGUUUUUCAUAGUUAUGAUAAUUAAUCAAAUAACAAUUUCAAAUUUUAUGAUAAAACUAAUUUUAAACGUGAUAAAUUUAGAUGUGAACCAAACCACCCAAAUUUUGAAAUUCCUCUCGUACCGCGCCUCCCUUCGUCUGGUCUGCCUCUGUUGGGCCUAUUCUCUGCACACACCCAGCACAUACACAAAACUCCAAUCCACGCCUCCCAAAGCCCUGCUCGUGUCUGCCCCUCUACCUCACCGGCUCACAGCCAAGCCAGCCACCUCCCAACCCCACCCCAAUCCAAGCUCCCAAGUCCGUCGUCUGAACCCCAUGGGUCUCUGUUUCAGCAAGAAGCAGCAAGCGGAGCGGCGAGAGGAGCAGCCCUCCAAUGACGCCAAGAAGAGCGGCGGCAAGAAAGCCGCCCAGGACACCGCGCUGGUCGCCGAUGCCAAGAAGACGCAUCAGGCAAAGGCGCCCGCCAAGAAGGCUCUAGCCAAGCUGGAGGAACCGGCGGCCGACAAGAGGACGGUAUUCGUCGUCAAGGCCGCGGCGGCGGCGGCGGCCGCCGAGGUCGCUGCCGCGGCCAAAGGCGAGGCGGAGGAGGAGGAGGUGGAGAGGGCGGCGCCGGAAGAGGAGGAGAAGCACGUUGCGGUGGGCAGGGUGCCGGUGCGGACGUCGAGCUGCACCAAGGAGGAGGUGGACGCGAUACUGAUCCAGUGCGGCCGCCUCAGUCGCAGCUCGUCGGCGUCUGGGAAGGCUCCGUCGGGCGAGCAUGGCGGCGGGCACCGGAGGUGCGCCGGAUCCAAGCGGAGCUACGACUUCGACCUCGAGAGGAGGGGCGGGGGCGCGGAGGACGAGUGCGAUUGGGGGAGGGAGGGGGCUGCGGUGUCGAGGCCGUCCCCGCGCCGGAGGACGCCGGAACGGAAGCGGUCGGCGAGCCAUGAGGGCCGCAGUGGCGGCGGGAGCGGGAGCCGGAGUCGGAGGGUGAGCCGGUCGCCGGGGCGGCGGGCGGACGGCGCCCCCGCGGCGGCUAGCUCGGGGACCGGCGAGCGGGCCGCACGGCAGCAGCCGGGGAAGAUGGUGUCGGUCCCGGCUAGGGAGAAGGGGCGCGCGCCGUCGCCAGUGAAGGCUGCUUCUGGGAAGAGGUAUCCAUCGCCAAGGUCGAACUCGCCUGCGAGGGCGGCUGCCACAGGGAAUGAGAAUGCCGGGGUGCAGCCGGCGCACGGGCCGUCGCUGAGCCGGAGCUCGUCGAGGAAGGCCGAGCAGUCGCCCUGCCGGCGCAACCCUAUGGCGGAGCUCGACGAGAACACUCUCGGCAACAAUGGCAAGCCCCAAAAGAAAUCCACCGAGACUACCGUCGCAGUGCCGCAGAAGGCGGCGGAGCGGCCAAAAGAUCUGAUCCCCAGCUGCCGGGCUUCGAAGGAGAAGACGGUAAUUUUGGAGGAGGCCGUGGCGUCGGACACCAAAGCAUCGUCCGCAAGGAUGAACGCGACCCACUCGCUGGGCAUUGUGGCCGAGAGCUCCUCCAACCCGAGGGCCGGGCCGGGGACCCGGUCGUCGAGGCGGUCCUCGCGCGAUUUCGACCACAAAGACAACUCGUACGCAUCCCUGCUCCUCGAGGAUAUCCAGAACUACCACCAGCAGAACACCAGCGCCGCCGCCACCGUCGGUGCAGCGCCGGCCUUCACGCUCCCGGCGUGCGUGUCCAAGGCCUGCUCGAUUCUUGAAGCGGUCGCUGACCUCAACUCCUCGUCGUCGGAGAAUAAGAGCUUCCAGCUGGACAGGUCGGUCAACGACAAGGAGUCCGUGAACGGGAGGUACGGCGGCAUGGCGGCGGUCACCCUCGUGGUCGAGUCGGAGGUUGUCGUGAAGGACGAUCUCAUGGAGCCGAGCAUGCACAAGUACGUCUCGGUGCGGGACAUCCCCGGGGAGACCGAGCCGCAGGAGUCCGCUGGGAGCAACAGCUUCGCUGGCAACGCCUGGACGUGCUCGUGGGAGCCCAAUUCCGUCGACUCCACUGAUCGGACGAGGACGGCCUCGCAGUCGAACAAUGGCGACGAGGUCGAGCAGCGCACCGACGACACGGUCACGGAGCAGUCUUGGCAGAGCAAGCAGAAGCCGUCGUCGCAGGAGCCCAGCCGCCGUGGGUCUACUAGCAAUGUUCAGGUCCAGCACGGGCGCGGUGCUCACCGCGCCGUCGGUGGACUGUCCGAUAUUCGCGCUGGCUCGGCGAGCUCUUCGAUUGUUUAACGAUUCUACUGGCAGUUUAGGCAUUACCUUCUAGGUGGUGAUAGUAGUUUGUAGUCCUGAAGUUCUAAUGGCAAGAUAGGUUGCUGUUUUCAGAUGUGUUUUAGCGUUUGUAUUGUUUGCUUAGCUUGAUGAUACAUUGUUCAGAUGUAAUCACCGUGGUGACAUUGGCAAUGUACACUAUUUCAUUCA